GGGCUGCACCCCCUCUAUCAAAGACAAGCCUCUGAGGAUGUUGGGAGGAGGUGUCCUGGCCUGUGGUUGACUGAGAGCAUAGGAGUGAGGCUGGGAUGAGGAGGUCACCUGGGGGGUCUUGACAGCCCCCAGGACCAGGUCCUUGGGGAAAAGGGUUCAGCUAGUCCCAAGGAAACACAUUUUUAGAAGUAUCUUUUACUGUGAGUUUUAAACAGAAGCCCUUUCUGACUGUCAGAUAACGUCAAGAGGAAACGAGCAGUGAAAUCAAGGAGCAGGCACCUCCAUCACCUGCCAGCUGUGCGACCUUCAGCAGGUGGUGACGUCUCAGGGUGACUUCGGGGAGGAAGAUGGCUGCCCUAGUGCUGCUGCAGACGGCACUGUGCCUGCUGGGUCUGCUCCUGGUCCAAGGUGCCCGUGGCGGGAGCCUCCGGGAAGACUUCAGCUUCUGUGGCCAGCGGAACCAGACGCAGAACAGCAGCCUCCAUUAUAAGCAGACGUCCAAGCAUCACAUCUCCAUCGAGAACUCGCAGGAGGCCCUCACCAUCCACGCACCCUUCCAUGGCGUCCAUCCAGCUUCUUGGCAGUUCCCUCACCCCAGGGGCCUCUACCACUUCUGCCUCUACUGGAACCGCCAUGCUGGGAAAUUGCAUCUUCGCUAUGGCAAGAAUGACUUCGUGCUGAGUAACCAGGCCUCUGACCUCCUGUGCUUCCGGCAUCAAGAGGAGACCCCAGCCCAUGGGCCCCCACUGUUUGCCACCUCUGUCAGCUCCUGGUGGAGGCCCCAGAACACCAGUCUGCCCAGUGCUGCUGGCUUCGUCUUCUCCUUCCACGAUCCUCCCCUGAAGGCCUCCCACAAUGCCUCGGUGGACAUAUGUGAGCUGAAGAAGGAUCUCCAGCUGCUCAGCCAGCUUCUGAAGCAUCCCCGGAAGACCUCAAGGAAGCUGCCGUUCACCCCCACGGGCCAGCAGCUGCAGAACCUGGAGUCAAAGCUGACCUCUGUGAGGUUCACAGGGGACACGGUGUCCUUCGAGGAGGAUCGGAUCAACGCCACAGUGUGGAAGCUCCAGCCCACGGCCAGCCUCCAGGACCUGCAUAUCCACUCCCGGCAGGAGGAGGAGCAGAGUGAGAUCCUGGAGUACUCAGUGCUGCUGCCCCGGGCACUCUUCCAGAAGACCAAAGGCCGGAGGGAGGAGGCUGAAAAGAGACUCCUCCUGGUGGACUUCAGCAGCCAAACCCUGUUCCAGGACAAGAAUUCCAGCCAAGUCUUGGGUGAGAAGGUCUUGGGUAUUGUUGUGCAGAACACCAAAGUGGCCAACCUGUCAGACCCUGUGGUACUCACCUUCCAGCACCAACCACAGCCGAAGAAUGUGACUCUACAAUGUGUAUUCUGGGUUGAAGACCUGACAUCGAGCAGCCCAGGGAGCUGGAGCGAUGCUGGGUGUGAGACCAUCAGGAAAGAGACACAGACGUCCUGCCUCUGCAACCACCUGACCUACUUUGCAGUGCUGAUGGUGGCCUCCGUGGAAGUGGACGCCGUGCACAAGCACUACCUGACCCUCCUCUCCUAUGUGGGCUGUGUCAUCUCCGCCCUGGCCUGUGUCCUCACCAUCGCCGCCUACUUCUGCUCCAGGAGGAAGUCUAGGGAUUACACCAUCAAGGUGCACAUGAACCUGCUGCUGGCCGUCUUUCUGCUGGAUGUGAGCUUCCUGCUCAGCGAGCCGGUGGCCCUGGCAGGCUCCGAGGCUGCCUGCCGCACCAGUGCCGUCUUCCUGCAUUUCUCCCUGCUCGCCUGCCUCUCCUGGAUGGGCCUUGAGGGCUACAACCUUUACCGACUUGUGGUCGAGGUCUUUGGCACCUACGUCCCUGGCUACCUGCUCAAGCUGAGCAUUGUGGGCUGGGGCUUCCCCAUCUUCCUGGUGACGUUGGUGGCACUGGUGGAUGUGAACAACUAUGGCUCCAUCAUCCUAGCUGUGCACAGGACUCCAGAGAGUGUCAUCUAUCCUUCCAUGUGCUGGAUUCGGGACUCCUUGGUCAGCCAUGUCACCAACCUGGGCCUCUUCAGCCUGGUGUUUCUGUUCAACAUGGCCAUGCUGGGCAUGAUGGUGGUGCAGAUCCUGCGGCUGCGUCCGCACACCCAGAAGUGGCCCCACGUGCUGACGCUGCUGGGCCUCAGCCUGGUCCUCGGCCUGCCCUGGGCCUUGGUCUUCUUCUCUUUUGCUUCUGGCACCUUCCAGCUUGUCAUCCUCUACUUUUUCAGCAUCAUCACCUCCUUCCAAGGCUUCCUCAUCUUCCUCUGGUACUGGUCCAUGCGCCUGCAGGCCCGGGGCGGGCCCUCCCCUCUGAAGAACAGCUCCGACAGUGCCAGGCUCCCCAUCAGCUCCGGCAGCACUUCGUCCAGCCGCAUCUAGGCCGCCAGCCCCCUUGCCAGUGUCAGGAAGCAGAGUUGCUCUCCUCACUGCUGCCUGCGGCCUCUGCAGCCAGGCCCAGCCCUUGGCAGGCCAGCCGGAGGCUUGAGAAGGCCCGAGGACCUCGGAGGGAUGGAGCUGUUGGCAUGACAGCCAGAUUCUCAGGCUGGGCCUUCAGAAUUGGCCGGGAGACUACUUGGCUCUUGGGUCCGGCUCACAGGGGCUCAAGUGUGGGACCAUCCCCCGGCCAUCCUAGCCGGGGGCUGAAGCCUGGUCUUAACGUACCACCACUGGACCGGCCCUCACGGCUGGAGGUCGGGAGUCUGCAGGCCUCAUACCUUGGAGACUGGUGAUGUGCUUGGCCCCAUGCCCUUGCCCAGGACAGAAAUGUACCAUAGCCACUCUGUCUUUGAUGGUCACCAUGAGGGCACUCUGUAGCCCCUGUCAUUUUAACCUAAAGAUGGCACGCAAGGAAAAUGGCUUGGGGCAGAGCUUUGAGCCAGAUCCCUGGAGGAGGAGAGCUCCUUCUCCAGAGCACAGCAGCAGCUCCCCUACCUCUGAGCCCAGGGCCCUCGCCUUUGUCAGCCUCCCAGCAUCCCCCCUCCUCUUCCAGGUCCUCCCUUUCUCCCCUAGGACCUCCCUACUCCUCUACUCAUAGCCCAGUGUCCCCAGUUCCAAUGCUGGAUUUUGGGUGGUUGUUCCCGAGAUCUGCCUGGUGCCUGCUGUAAAACCUUUAUCUACUGUGUGGGCCUUUGCCUGCCCCUGACUCAGGCUUAGUAUAGACGCUCUGGGCUGGGCUAGGUCCAUCUUUCCAUCUGGGCCUCUCUAUAAGCUGCAUCACCCUUGCCCACCACUGCCAAGCUCACACCUCACAGGAGCCUAUGGCCUCUCCCGAAAACCUCUUGUGGCAAGAACUGUGGAACAUAGCAGUCCAAAUUUGUUUCCACUCCAGCACUCCAAAGACCAAGACACGCCUCUCCUGGUGAUAGUGGCUUAGAGCCUGAUGGACUCCUAAGAGGUCAUCUCAAAACCUUUGCAGACAAUCUUGAGCAUUUUGCAGCCCAUCACAGUUAAUUCCUUUGGACACAGAUGGCCAGACCUGGUUGUUCCCCUGUAAGUUCAUCUAGUGUGGGUGGCAUAUGUGAGACAAGAACUCUUGGAACUUCAGGCAUAGGGUUGAGGGAGCCAUCAUUCCUGGCUGGGAAUCCAGGAAGACUUCCUGCAGGAGGCAGCAUUUGAUCUGGAUCUCAGCCUUAAAGAUGGGGAGGAUUUUCUUUGUAAUUACCAGUUCAUUUGUCUUUUGAUAUUAAAAAGAAGUACAUGUCCAUUGUAGAGAAUUUGGAAACUGUAGAAGAGUACACAGAAGAAAAUAAAAAUCAACUGUUAUCACCUAACCAACUAACACAAA